AUGUCAUUUAGUGGAGCUUCAAUUGCAUUGGGACUUGUGAAAAAAAAAAGUUUCAAAAGUUUAAUUGUAGGAUUUACUGGAUCAAAUGAUGCUAUAGUUCCAAGCAGAAAACAGUUAUCAAAACAAUUAGAUUUAAAAUAUGAACUAUACGUUUCAAUGCUAACCGAUUUAAUAGCAAAACAUGAUUAUAUUUGUGCAACAGCCGAUAUAUGGAGUGCCAAUAACCGUAGUUACAUGGGAAUGACUUGUCACUUCAUAGACGAGAAAACAUAUUUUAGGCAAUCAUAUGUUAUUGGAUGUAUACGCAUUAAAGGAAGCCACAACUAUCAAAAUAUUACUGAGGUUAUAACAGAAAUUGCAAAAACGUACAAAAUUGAUCUAUCGAAAAUAACACAUAUCGUCACAGAUAAUGCUUCUAACUUUGGUAAAGCCUUUAGAGUGUUCUCUUCUCUUCCAACUCAUGAAGCAAGUACAAGUGAUUUGGGGAACUUUGAUGAAGAAAGUUCAGAGAGUUCAAAUUUUGAUAGUGGAUCUGACUGCUCAGACUUGGAUGCAGAAAGAGUUAAUUUGAAUAAUUUGCUAAAUGAGGAAUCAAACCUAGGUAACAAUGGCAGUUUUUUUUUACCUCAGCAUAUGCUAUGUUGUGCACAUACAUUGAAUUUAAUUGCAGCCAAUGAUAUUUCUAAAAUUUCUAAUAAUGAUUACAACAAAAUGUCUAAGUCAACUUUUAAUAAACUAUCAAACUUUUGGAAUUUGGCCAGUAGAAGUACAGCAGCAUCAGACACAAUAUAUGACGUUUGCAAGU